AUGAUGGUUAUCACGAUACUAUUAUGGGCGAAACCCAAUAUAUGGGUUAAAAAAGAGGAUUUAUUUAAUGUAUGGAAUAAUAAGAAUAUAACACAGGAGGAUUUUGACCGCCAUUCUAAAUUACAUGAACUGAAGGAUGACGAUAAAGAGUUAUAUAAUAUUGGCUAUUCACUCGAGGAAAAUUAUGUUCAUGCGAAAACGCUAAGAGACCAAUAUACUAAUAUGUGUGAUUUACUAAAUGAAUGGUUAAAUAAUGAAAUAGAUAAAUAUAGAAGGAAAAGUACAUUGUGUAGAAAAAAUAGAAUGUUGUUCAAUUAUAUAGAGUCUGUAUGGCAAGAAAAGCAAAACAUACAAGUUGACGAUGAUAGAAAUUGGUGUACGUGGAAGCGUCCUCAUUAUGAUUGUGAUGUUUCAUUGCCAAUAUAUGCUGAUUUUUCUACUAAAUCCAGAAGGAACACCAUCUUUUCUGCUUGCUUUAGCCUUAUAAUAAUAGUUGUUCUUAAUUAUUUUAUUAUAUUUAAUUUUUCUAAAAUAAAGAAGCUUUUAUAUAGUAAAUAUGACCUGAUGAGGUUCAUAAGGAAAUAUUCAGAAGAUAGUCAUCCGUAUGGAAAUAAAGAGGAUUUUUCAUUAACAUCGGAUAACAAGAGAGACAAUAUACUUUACUUAUCUAUGAACAGUGCUUAA